GACAAGUAACUGGCGGCUGAUUCAGGCAGCUAUCGGGUCGUCAUCGACCGUCAAUCCUCAAGCUGACGGUUGAGAACCUCUUCGGAGACUAAAAGUUCGUGAAUAUCGAGAGAGCUUCGGCCGCCUCGGUGCCUGCAGAUAGCGGCUCGGAUAAGGGAGGUGAGAGCUUCAAGGAAUGAUUGGGAAAGGAAGGGGAACCCUAGCUGUGGAUCUCAUUCCUGUGGCGAAAACUUAGAAUCGCCUCCGAUCUCCACCGGCGAGGCUGCAUGAGUAGGACGGGAGAGGACGAUCGCGGCGGCAAAGGAAGGUUCUUGAAGCAUCCAUGGUGUUGCUCGCUGCAUCCUCUUGGUCACCGUCAUCGGCUCAACCGUUCUUCGCCUGUUCUUCUGUCCUACGGGCAGCUUCGGGGCCGGCCUCCGGCCUGUGCGUUAUCUCCCUUCGACGGCUGACGUUGAGGCCUCAAUGGCACCUCAGUCGCAGGUUGGGUACAUCCACACCAAAAUGUUUCGCCCCAAACAUUGACAUUGACUGUGAAAAUGAUGCAGUUGAGGAUUCAACUGCAGAAAAUCCUAGGUCCUUUUCAUCUGGCAGCUUAGUGUCAGUUCAUCUCAAGUCAGAUAUUCUUGGAGCCAACCCUUUAGAUUUGUCAGGCAAAGAGGCAGAUGCAAAUAACCUUUUUACAAAAUUGCAUGUGUUAUCCAAAGUGGAACAAGAUGCUCUAGCAGCUACUCCAACACAUCCUACUGGUUUAUAUGCUCUCUAUGCUAUCUCCUUAGUUGGAAAUCUAGUUGAACGACUUUGGAAUUUUGUUUGGCCUGCUGCUGUUGCAACUAUCUAUCCUAAUUUGCUUCCUGUUGCUGUUCUGGAGUUCUUCACAAAGCUUACUGUCUUUGUGGGCGGGCCCAUGGUUGGUACUCUUCUGGAUUAUUUUCCAAGAGUUCCUGUGUACCAUUGUCUUAAUUUUGUUCAGACAGCUGCUCAGUUGUUAUCAGCUGGGAUGAUCAUUUAUGCACUCAACUUGGUAAAGCAAAGCUCUGCAUCUUCUGUGCUUCUUCAACCUUGGUUUGUUAUCCUGGUGGUUGCUGCAGCAAUUGAAAGGCUUGCCGGUUUAGCAUUGGGAGUUACCAUGGAACGUGAUUGGGUUGUUCUGUUGGCAGGCAGAAACAGGCCAGUUGCACUCGCCCAAGCAAAUUCUAUACUAGGUCGUGCUGACCUUUUUUGUGAGAUAGCUGGUGCUUCACUUUUUGGCAUUUUGUUGUCGAAAUACAAUUCAGUGACAUGCUUAAAACUUGCAUGUGGCAUGACGGUGUUUGUCCAACCUGUUCUGUUUGUCUUGGGCCAGCUGAUCAAUUCACUUUCCCAUGGUGUUCUUGAUCUCUCCAGAUCCCCUAAUAUGAAACCUGUUGUCACACCUUUGUUUGAUGCAUCAGAAAUAGUUGGAACAGGGUUGGAUGCUUUCAGACAAGGCUGGAAAGAAUACAAGCAUCAGCCUGUCCUUCCUGCAAGUUUGGCAUAUGUGUUGCUUUAUUUCAAUGUUGCUCUAGCUCCUGGUUCCAUCAUGACAGCAUUGCUUGUACAUCACGGCAUCAAUCCAUCAAUUAUUGGUGGAUUCAGUGGAUUGUGUUCUAUCAUGGGUUUUGCUGCAACAUUCAUGUCUGCAAGCUUGGUAAAAAGGCUUGGCAUACUAAAGGCAGGAGCUGCUGGAUUGAUGUUUCAAGCAUUUUUGCUCACGUUAGCUGUUUCGGUGUAUUGGACUGGUUCUAUCACUCAGCAAACUAGGCUGCUAAUCUUUCUAUCUUUAAUUGUGGUUUCACGGUUGGGCCAUAUAUCGUAUGAUGUUGUAGGAACACAGAUUCUUCAAAUGGGAAUUCCGCCUGCCAAAGCAAACUUGAUCGGGAUAACUGAAGUCUCGAUGGCCAGUCUCGCCGAACUUCUCAUGUUUGGCGUUGCAAUAAUUGCAAACGACGUCGCGCAUUUUGGUUUCUUGGCUACACUUUCUGUAUCUUCUGUUGCAGUGGCUGCCGCGAUAUUCUGUCAGUGGCUGGCUAACCCAACGAAGAGCCAGAGGGAACUCUUCCAGUUUGAUAGAGGAUUUUGACAAAAUGUAUGACUUCUUCCACAUCAACAUAUCAGCAUCUAUGUAGAUGGAUAGAGAGUUGUGCCGUAAAUGCUGGAGUUUUCAUGCUUCCAGUUUCGUUUCCUGGCUCCGGUUUUGUUUUUUCAUAUUCAUUUUAUCUAAGAAGAAUUUUCGGCG